AUGGUCAUUCAGUCCGUUCGCACGCGCUUUUCGGUGGCGCCAUCACGAUUUCCCUUCCAGCUUCCUUCUCCAGUGCCAGUUCCCGACAACCAAGAAGUGUUCAUCGACGAUGCCUCAGACGCCUCCCUCAUCCUCGAGCUCUUGGAUUUGGAGCGUGACAAGGAGGGACUGGAG